GGAGCACGCUGCCGCCAUUUUUUAGAGAGAGUAACCGUCUUUUGUGUGUUUCAGUUUUGUUAGGAGGCGCUGCUGUCUGCCAUUGCUGUCAUGCUGUCUGUUCGCGUGGUUGCCGCCCUCGCUCGCUCCUUGCCAUGGCAGGCCGGCCUGAUUUCCAGAAACACCCCGGGUGCAGCGUGUGUUGCUACAAGAAACAUCCAUGUCUCCAAAGCAUGUUUUCAGAAAACUGGUACUGCUGAAGUAUCCUCUAUUCUUGAGGAACGUAUUAUGGGAGCUGACACCUCUGCUGAACUUGAGGAGACAGGCCGUGUGCUUUCAAUUGGUGAUGGUAUUGCCCGUGUGUACGGCCUAAGAAAUGUCCAAGCAGAAGAAAUGGUUGAAUUCUCUUCUGGACUGAAGGUAAGCUUUCACUGAAGCAGCUUGUUUAGCCUAGAAAUAUAAAGAAGACUUUUUUUAAGGAGAACAUGAGGCUAUGCAUGGAGGUACCCAUAUGGACCUUUUACAGACUUGAACUUUUUAUCUUCUCAUUAACUUCGGUUGAAAUCCGAUACUAGCACUCAGUUUCCAAACUCAGCUGAUCGGAGCCAGCUCGGCCAAUGCAGAUUGAGUGAAAUCUUGAGGUACAGAGAAGCUAUUUUUUUAUUUAUUUUUUUGAUCCCUGCGGUUUUGAUUUCGACACCCGGAAGCCCCUGGCAGCGCUUGCGAGAGCAGCUGACAUGGUGUAGGUGUUACCACGGUGACAGCGAUCACACCCCUCAGCCCCCUCGCCUUGAAAAAGCCUCCGAGAGGGCAGUGAUGCAUCGCGCUGGGAGGGGCAAUCAGCUUGUGAAGUCGCAGGGUAUGUCCUUGAAUUUGGAGCCUGACAAUGUUGGUGUUGUCGUGUUUGGUAAUGACAGACUGAUCAAGGAAGGGGAUGUUGUAAAGAGGACUGGUGCCAUUGUGGAUGUUCCAGUUGGCGAAGAGCUGCUGGGCCGUGUUGUAGAUGCCCUGGGCAAUCCAAUUGAUGGGAAGGGUCCUGUUACAUCUAAGAUGCGUCGAAGAGUUGGUUUAAAGGCCCCUGGGAUUAUUCCCAGAAUCUCUGUGCGUGAACCCAUGCAGACUGGUAUUAAGGCUGUGGAUAGUUUGGUGCCAAUUGGUCGUGGCCAACGUGAGCUGAUCAUUGGUGAUAGGCAGACUGGGAAAACUUCAAUUGCAAUUGACACAAUAAUCAACCAGAAACGAUUUAAUGAUGGAACAGAUGAGAAAAAGAAGCUGUAUUGUAUCUAUGUUGCAAUUGGUCAGAAGAGAUCUACUGUUGCUCAGCUGGUGAAGAGGCUCACUGAUGCAGAUGCCAUGAAGUACACUAUUGUGGUGUCUGCCACAGCAUCCGAUGCAGCACCCCUUCAGUAUCUGGCUCCCUAUUCAGGCUGCUCCAUGGGGGAAUACUUCAGAGACAAUGGAAAACAUGCAUUAAUCAUCUACGAUGACUUAUCCAAACAGGCUGUUGCUUACCGUCAGAUGUCUCUACUGCUGCGUCGUCCACCUGGUCGUGAAGCCUACCCAGGUGAUGUGUUCUACUUGCACUCUCGCCUGCUGGAGAGAGCAGCCAAAAUGAAUGAUUCCUUUGGAGGUGGCUCUCUGACUGCCUUGCCUGUUAUUGAAACUCAGGCUGGUGAUGUGUCUGCUUACAUUCCAACCAAUGUCAUCUCUAUCACUGAUGGACAGAUCUUCUUGGAAACUGAGUUGUUCUACAAAGGUAUCCGUCCAGCCAUUAAUGUUGGUCUGUCUGUGUCUCGUGUUGGUUCUGCUGCUCAGACUAGGGCUAUGAAGCAGGUGGCCGGUACCAUGAAGCUGGAAUUAGCUCAGUAUCGUGAAGUAGCUGCCUUUGCUCAGUUUGGGUCUGAUUUGGAUGCUGCCACACAACAGCUACUGAACCGUGGUGUACGUCUGACAGAGCUUCUCAAACAGGGACAGUAUGUUCCCAUGGCUAUUGAGGAACAGGUUGCGGUCAUCUAUGCUGGUGUAAGAGGUCACUUGGACAAGUUGGAGCCCAGCAAAAUCACUAAAUUUGAGAAUGCUUUCCUAGCUCAUGUACUGAGCCAGCACCAGGCCCUCCUUUCCACAAUCAGGACAGAAGGGAAGAUCUCUGACCAAACAGAAGCUAAAUUGAAGGAAAUAGUCACAACUUUCCUGGCUACUUUUGAGGCAUAAAGUCUUAACUGUUUAAACAGACCAGGCUGUUUUUGUGAUUCCAUGCUCCAGCUCCAACAAAGACUUAAAAGUAUGUGCAAAUUGAAUGUAGAGUUUUCAAUGAGAAUAAAAGUUUCCAUGUAAAAA